AUGAAUCUAACGUGUAAUUCAACGCUCGAUGAGCUGAGGAUCCUCCCCGGCUCCGAGAUCCUCAUUGCAGGCCCUCUGACCUUCCACGACCUCGCCCUCAUCAUCGCCGGCUCCUGCACCAUCAUCGCAAUCUGCCUCUCCUUUUAUCUCGUCUUCAUGCACUCCAUCAACUAUACCAAACCUCGAGAGCAGCGCCAGAUCAUCCGCAUCCUCUUCAUGGUCCCCAUCUACGCCGCCUCCUCUUUCCUCCAACUUUGGUACUACUGGCACGCCGUCUACUUCCAGCUCAUAAGCGACUGCUACGAGGCUUUCGCCAUCGCCUCCUUCUUCUCCCUCCUGUGCCACUACCUCGCCCCGGAUGUCCACACCCAAAAGGAAUACUUUCGAAAUCUUUACCCCAUCAAGCCGUGGGUCUGGCCCCUCAACUGGUUUGCAAAGUGCUGUGGAGGAGAAAGGGGGCCCUGGCGCAUACCCAAGAGCGGCUUGACCUGGUUCAAUGUCAUCUGGGUUGGUGUCUAUCACUACGUCUUUAUCCGUGUCGCCAUGACUGUCACAGCUGUUGUCACGCAAUAUUUCCACCGCUACUGUGAAAGCUCCAACAACCCCGUCUUUGCUCAUAUCUGGGUCAUCUCUAUUAACUGUGUGGCCGUCACGAUUGCCAUGUACUCUGUUAUUCAGUUUUACGUCCAAAUGAGGGAACCCCUCAAGGAACACUCGCCUUUCCUCAAGGUCCUUGCCAUUAAGCUAGUCGUCUUCUUCUCCUUCUGGCAGGUCACUUGCAUUUCCCUCGCCACAUCCACGCUCGACCUCGUCCACCCAAAUGAAGUCCUCGCCUACCCGGACAUCAAAGUCGGCAUUCCCGCCCUUCUCCUGUGUAUCGAAAUGGCCCUGUUUGCCGCCCUACAUCUCUGGGCCUUCCCCUAUACCCCUUACGUCCCAGGCGCCAAAACCACGUACUACCCAUCCGCCGACUCUCGAGACAGCAACCCUCCCCUCCGUGAAAAUGUGCACACGGCCCCCAGCGGUGGUUGGAUGGGUCUCAAGGCUGUCGGAGAUGCCCUCAACCUGUGGGAUUUUGUCAAGGCCUUUGGUCGUGGUAUGCGCUGGCUCUUCUGCGGUGUGAAGCGUCGCCACGAGGACCCCAGCUACAAGACCGCCGCCAACCUCGACAUGGACGACCUCGACAAGGGCGGAGACACCGCGUACCAUCCCGCCGGUAUCAAGAGCACCGACCACCUUCCAAUCGCUACAGAAUUCCGCCGCAGCACAUAUCUGCAGCCCUCGAGGCCACCUCCCCGACCCCAGCGCCGCGGCAACGAGAGCGAUAGCCUCAUCGCCCACGCUCAGCCGAACCCCUCGCAGAUGUCUCCGCCCCGCCGCCCUGCGCGUCCGCACUCCCCGCUGUCGCCGAUCUCGCCGUACCAGGAUCAGAGCUUCCAGCAGACGGGCAUGGCACCCGUGCAUCACGUACAACCGGGGCCCAGCGCCGCCGAAUGGAGCAGAACGGGCCCGGCGGCGGCAGCAGCAGCAGCCAAUCCAGGAGUCGCAGGUCCGCGCGACUUGACGCAGCAGAGGAUCGGGGAAGCGCUCUGGGGACCACCGCAAGGCCCAGCGGCCGCCUCCAUCAUACCGGAGAGUCCAGUGCUUGGAUCGCCGAUGAACGGCGCCCACGGACAACCAACGUACCAGCACCAGGCGUUUGGCAAUCAACAGCAACCGCACGGCAACCACCCUUACGGAAACCAGACGCACGAGCAGCAGUCGGAACCUGGUCAGGCUUUUUAA